GAUGACAUUUUAACAUGCUCUCCGUUGCACUCAGUGGAACAUUUACGUAUUCAAAAUUAACUUAUAAGAAUUUAUGUCAUAAUAAAGUGAUGCAUUUGAGUGUUCAAAAGUACAUGUGAAAAGAAGGGGAAUUUAAACAGGUCUUAAAGUACUUUUGACGGAAUACCUCUUUAAAACAACAAGGAUAGUGAUGCCUUUCGAUUUUAAUGGCAAGAAAGUUCUUAUUACGGGAGAUGGAGGAGGGAUCGGACGCGCUUUAGCUAUUGCUCUUAAAAAAGUUGGAUGUAAGGUGUAGGCUCUCAGUCGUACCAAGUCUACUCUCGACACUUUAGUAGCUGAGCUGUUCCAAUAGUUGCUGACGUAUCCAACUGGGAUGAUACCAGGAGAAAGCUUGAAGAUUUGGAACCGCUCGAUGGUCAAUAAUGCCGGGAUCAUUGAAGAGAUGUGUUCCUGCAGUUGAUUGUCCGAAAGACAAUAUCGUUAGAGUACUGAACACUAAUUUGCUGGGCGCAAUAAAUUGUGCACAAGUGGUUGCGAAGAAAAUGAUUGAUUCCAAAGUAAAAGGAUCUAUCGUGAAUCUCUCAAGUAUUGACGGAAUAGGUGCUUUUCCUACUAACUUGUCGUACAAUGUUUCAAAAGCAGGACUGGACAUGGUAACAAAGCAGUUUGCACUGGAACUUGGACAAUACCAGAUAAGGCUGAACUCAGUCAAUCCUACGCUUGUCAUGACGCCAAUAGUUACAAAUUUUAAGGAAGGAUUAUUGAUCGAAAAGGCUAUUACAGCCAGGACACCUAUGGGUAGAGUUGCAAAGGUGGAGGAAAUUGUUGGGCCGAUAUUGUACCUUCUUAGCGACUAUUCAAGUAUGGUUAGCGGCUAGAUGCAUCCAGUUGAUGGGGGGCUGCUGUCUAAUAUAGCAGUCAAAGUAUAAUUUCUUUCAUUGACAAUAAAACUUUUUUGUUUGUAAUAUCAAUAUGGUUCGUGUCAACUUACAAAUAAUAGCUGAUUGCUCUAUCACUAAUUAAUAUGCAGACACAAACGAGUAGUUUAUGGAUAUAAAACGCGUGCUUU